AUGAUCGAUAUGCUGGCGAUCGUCCAUCAUCUGGCAGCGCGCGAAUCAGCGUCGUCCGUCCAGCUUCUUGUCUUCAUAGGAGUGGCUGUUCUGCCGACCACCUGUCUUCUGUCUUCACGGUUCGGCCGAAAGAGGCCCGCACGUACAGCUGGGACCAGAGAGACAUGUAGACCGGAAGAGGCGUGGCACCAGGUUGAAGGUCAGCCCAAUCACGUGGCCAGUAAGCGGUACAGCAGGGCGACGGCGUUAGCUCUCGCCUGGGACGAAGUUCGCCGCGCACGCCCCGAUAAGCGCCUGGAGCAUCGGAGACAGCUCGCGUGA